GAUCACAGCAUCCCGAUACAAUUCUCACAAUGGGCGACCUCGCAACCACAAUUUAUAGCCGUGGUCGACUAGAAGAAGCCGAGAAGAUUCAACGACAGGUCCUGGAACUUCGAACCGAGAUUCUAGGACCACGUGACCCCGAUACGAUCGUCGCAAUGAGCAGCCUCGCAUCGACACUUCGUUACUGUGGACAACCAGAAGAAGCCGAAAAGAUUCAGCGACAGGUCCUGGAACUUCGAACCGAGAUUCUAGGACCACGAGACUCCGAUACGAUCCACGCAAUGAGCAGCCUCGCAUCAACACUUCGUUACCGUGGACAGCCAGAAGAAGCCGAGAAGAUUCAGCGACAGGUCCUGAAACUUCAAGUCGAGAUCUUAGGAUCACGACAUCUGGAUACGAUCCUUACGAUGAAUAGCCUCGCAUUGACACUUAGUGACUCCGCACAACUAGACAAAGCCGAGAGUAUCCAGCGGGAAGUCCUGGAGCUUUACAAAGAGAUCUUAGGACCGCAUCAUUCUCAUACAAUUGUGGCAAUGAAAAAUCUUGCCUCGACACUCCGAAAAUGUGGCGAACUGAGAGAGGCUAAGGACCUUGCACAAGAGGCAGCGACCAAGCACAGGUCUCUCCCUCGUCAAAUGUAUACUCCUGUAUUCUGUGUUUUGUAUUCACCGGAUAUGCACAAUCUUGCUGGUAUAUGUUUUAUUGUAGGACUUGUUGGAGAUGAACAUGGUCCACUCCAGGUGAACCGAGUGGCUCGAGUUGCCACCAACACUACAAGUCAGUGA